AUGAGGGUCGAAUAUAGCCAGAACGAAGUAGCUGACGAGCUGAAGUCGAAGUGGUGUCUUGUCUAUGUCAAGUCCGACGACACGGCGUCCCUAGAGCCUUUGGAAUUCGUGGAGAGUACGUCGUAGAAUUCACUUUGCGAUAAUUUGAUCUGACGAUACUCCAGAACAUCCGUCGCAGCCGCUUUACGUGGACAGAGUCUCUCGGUCUUUAUUGCAGUGGGAGCAGAAGAUCAAGGUGCCAGUGUCUGCCAAGCCGAGGUCUCACGCCAGCAAGACCACCCAGGAGGAUUUCCGUAUCUCGAAAGAAGGCGCUUGGGGAAGCAACGGCAUGGUCCAGGAUUGCGAUGGGUCAUAUGUCUCGAUACUGGUGUUCAAUCGGAUCGCAAAGAACAUGACAUGGAAACGUGUAGCCGGGCGGGUGAAGUCAUAUAUGGUGUUCGAGGAGCCCCUUGUUUGA